GACUUGCCUGAACAUGACUCUCUAGUUUGUCUGCAGAGCGCUUCGAGGAGUUAGAUGCACCUAGAGAAUCGUCGCUUCCGCUAGGAAUCGUCCCGCCAUGGCUUCCCCCCAGGCAUUCCAGACCUUCGUCUUCCUCGACAUCGAAACCACCGGCUUGCCCCGCGACCAGCCCUGCAUGGCCGAGCUCUGCCUCGUCGCCGUGAACCGCCGCUCCCUCCAGCGCCCCGUCCCGGAUCCGUCGCGGCCCCCGCAGCCUCCUCGCAUCUUGGACAAGCUCACCCUCUGCAUCGACCCCCAGAAGCCGUUCACCCCCAAAGCGGAGGAGAUCACCGGGCUGAGCAACCAGACGCUGGAGGAGAACGGCAAGGCGGAUUUCGACAGUGUCGCGGUGGAGGCCCUGAGGGCGUUCCUGGACCGCCAAGCCGGCCCCAUCUGCUUGGUGGCUCACAACGGCUUGCGCUUUGACUUCCCCCUGCUGCGGACCGAGCUCUUGCGGGUAGACGCCGACCUUCCCUCGGAUACCGGUUGCCUGGAUACGCUGCCGGCCCUGAAGGAGCUGGACCGGGUGGCCCACCAGAGCUACCGGCUGGGAGAGGUGUUCUGGCGCUUCUACGGGCAGGAGCCGGUCGGGGCCCACUCAGCCGAAGGGGAUGUGCUUACUCUCCUCUUAGUGUUCCUCGCCAAAGCCCCCGAGCUGAUGGAUUGGGCAUCGGUCAAUGCCCGGAGCUGGGGGGACAUCAAGCCGAUGUACCCCCCCAGUCUGAUCGGCUACAAAAACUGACGCUCAGUCCAAAACUAGAAUGUGCCAAAUUGGUCGCUAUGGUCUAGUGUUGUGAUUUCCUCUGAUAUUUGCCGGCCCGGCUGAAAUUCGCUAGGCCUGAGCUCAGUUUUCCAUGACAGCAGUGUGAUGAAGUAGAUAUUGAAAAUCAGAGCCUUGCCAAUCGGACAAUAGUUUAAUAAGCCUCGCUCUCGAGAGGAGAAUGUCCGUCUAAAAGUAAAAUUAACCAGAACGCUUAAUCUAAAUUUGUCCGUCGACGAGGCGCAAGGUAGAUUUUUGCUAGAGUUAAAAACCUCAGGUAGGUUUGCAUUCAGACUGGCAGUUUGUCCAGGUAUAGGCACAUUUCACAAAUGGAUUAAA